GGGAGAAAGGUUUCACUCUUGUCAUCAUGUCUCGCUGGUGUCUGUACGUCUUCCUGAUUCUGGUGUUCUGCGAUGUGGCCUUGCUCAAAAAAAAGAAAGCUGCACAGACUCUCUCCAGAGGCUGGGGAGACGACAUCACCUGGGUUCAGACCUAUGAAGAAGGGUUGUCCAAAAUGAAAGAGAGCAAUAAGCCUCUGAUGGUUAUUCAUCACUUGGAGGAAUGUCCGUACAGUCAAGCUCUCAGAAAGGCUUUUGCUGAGAACAAGGAUAUCCAGAAGAUGGCUCAGAAUGAUUUCAUCAUGCUCAAUUUAAUACACGAGACGACGGAUCCUAAUAUGGCUCCUGACGGCCACUAUGUUCCUAGGAUUCUCUUUGUUGAUCCCUCAAUGACGGUACGAGCCGACAUCAUUAGCAAGUACUCGAACAAGCUGUACGCCUAUGAACCUGAAGACAUGGACCAUUUGGAGGAGAACAUGGCAAAAGCCAAGUUGUAUCACAUCGAGCUGUAAUGAGAUCAGAAACGACAGUGACAGACCAGAUCCUGAAUGCAGAAUAAGACUAAAACUGCUCUGUACAUGGACGCUAUUUUUUUAGGAGUCAUCUGAAGA